GAGUUACAUGAAACAGGCUGAACUAGUUUUACUUCGCCCUUUACCCGUCACUACAGGAAGUGUGUUUACCUGUCGGGACCAGGAACAGAUUCCAUCCUGUUUGAAUGCUUCUCUCAUUCUCUGCAGUUUUUCAGUUUUGUUUUGUUUUUUGUUGGGGUUUUUUUCUUGCUUUUUUGAGUGAAUUUUACUCUGAAGUUCCGGAUCAGCUUGGCAGAUCUUACAGCAGGUAGAAAAGGUAACUUGCAUUACAAAGACUGAUGGAGAUGGCAUAUCCAAGAUAACACAUCUGUAUACAAUGGAGGAGAGAGAGAAGCGUUUAGUGGAUAGAGAAAAACACCUGGAUCAGAAAGAGCUUCAUUUGUUUGAAAAGGAAAAAUGUCUGGAUGGACGAGAGACUCGAUUGGAGGAGAGACAGAAACGAGUGGAUGAAAGAGAGAUUCGACUGGAAGAGCGAGAAAAACGUCUGGAGAGAAAAGAUAUUAGUUUAGCGAAGAGAGAGAGGAGUCUGGAGAGAAAAGAGGAACUGUCAGAGAAGAAGAGUCUGGAGAAAAAAGAUAUUAGUUUGGAAAAGAAAGAGAAAAGAGUCUGGAGAAAAAAGGCAAGUACAUCACAGAACAACCUGGAGAGAGAAGAUAUUAGUGUAGAAAAGAGAGAAAAGAUUCUGGAGCAAACAAAGGCAAGGCGUUCGUUUGGUCGGUUUAAAAGUAUAAAAUACCUCUUUAAUAAAAGUGAACUCAAUACAAGAGAGAAAAAUCAGACACCGGAAGAGCAACUGGAACAGGGACUAAAAGAAGUAAAAGUGGAAGGUCCUUCAGCAGCAGAAGAGACUCUAAAUGAACAAGCAGGAAGAGGAAUGAGACCAUACUCCCGGGAUGCACCUGCACCUUCCAGCCCCACACUCUCACCUACAGACUAUGAUCCAUAUGACUUCAAUCCAAUCAGAGCAACAGCAAGCACUGACAAUUCCUCAUACUAUCCAUAUGACUUCAAUCCAAUCAGAGCAACAGCAAGCACUGACAAUUCCUCAUACUAUCCAUAUGACUUCAAUCCAAUCAGAGCAACAGCAAGCACUGACAAUUCCUCAUACUAUCCCAUUGGCUUCAGUCCAAACAGAAGAAAAGAAAGCAUUAACAUUUCCUCACCCUUUCUAGGAAGGCAGAGUGCACAACACUCCAGUAUGGAGUCUUUCCAUCGAUAUCUUUAAAAUGGAACCUAGAGGACACUGCCAGACUUUAUACAAUCCUCAGCCAAACAUCUGUGUGUAAUAUUUGAUAAUGGUCUUAAUAUCUAAGCAUAAUAAGCAUAUAUGUGUAGUGGUUACAUCUGGUUGUUACCUAAAGGCAGUUACAUUUAUCAUUGUUAUUCAUUAUACAAUGUUUCUGCAAGGUUAUUUACACAUAACCUUGUUAAAAAAACAAUACAGUAUUCACCCCUUUACAGAUUUAUUUUGUUUUGCAUUUUUGUCAUACCUACAUUUUACAGAUUAUCAAACAAACUUUAAUAUCAGACAAAUAUAACAUCAGUAUGUAAGAUAUAAGAUAUAAGAUAAUUGUAUUUAUUAAGGGAAAAAAUAUCCAAACCAAUCUAGCCCUGUGUGAAAAAGUUUUUGCCCUCCAUAAAUUAAUUGUGAUUAAAUCACUUUGCUAUGCUGAGUUCAAUUUCACUACUACAAUUUCACUAUCACAACCAGGCCUGAUUACUGCCAGACCUGUAGAAACAAGAUAUCACUUAAAUAAAACCUGUCUGACAACAUGAAACAGAUAAAAAAUCUCAAAAAGCAGCACAUUAUUAUUAAACCCCCAUCUGAAGACAUUCAACAACAGAUGAGAAAACAAAGUCAUUGAUCAUCUAUCAGACUGCAAAAGAUUAUAAAUUCAUUUCUAAAGUUUUGGGACUCCAGAGAACCACAGUGAUUCACUAUUUUUCACUAAUGGAGAAAACAUGGAACACUGGUGAACCUUCCCAGGAGUGACCGACCGACCGAACAAAAUUACUCCAAAAGGGCACGAAGAACUCAUCCAGGAGAUCAUAAUUGAACCUAGAACAAAACCAACAAUGAAUACUUACAAAAACAAAAUGAUGGUUUUGGAGUGGCCUACUUAAAGUCUGAUUGAGGUGCAGUGGAUGAUUUUAAACAGGACGUUCAUGCUCUAAAAACUAUCCAACGUGUCUGAAUUAAAGGAGCAUUCUCUUAGCUCUGGGUCGGUCUUGUAGUAUAGACAUGCAGAGGCUUUUUAGGCUGUGUAGCAGCUGAGGUUUAACUGAACCAGCCCUGCUUGCUAGCUUGCAUGCUGCAGCACCACUCGCUCACUGUUGUGUAUUGUACUGGAAACCUCGAAUGUGGAGUUAUUGUUGGGGAACAAGCAGCAGGCGAAGACAAAACAAACACAGCUACUACAGGAUGGAGUGAAAACUUAAAAUAGGAACGUACUGACUUAAGCUCUCCUGACAAGAGCUGCCAGUGCUUUCACUCAACAUGUUUCCUUAAUAUCUGAUGGUAGUUAUUAGAUUUAGGGGGGGAAUACUUUUCACACAGGGGUAGAUUGAUUUGGAUAGUUUUUUUUUCUUUAAUAAAUAUAAUUAUCAUUAAAAAAGUGCUUUUUAUAUUUACUCAGGUUUUCUUAGUCUGAUAAAAGUUUCAACUGCAGAUUCAUUUGGCACCCACUCUACUCUAAAAGCUUGUUAUUAUAGCCGUAUGGAAUGUUCUGAAGAAGAAAGUCAUCACUGGUGUAUUAAGUAACAUAUGUUAAACAGAUAGCUCAAGGAAAACCACAUCAGUUAAUGAAACAGAAACAUUGUGAGUUCUUUAGAGAAAAACCCUAAAACAACUGUUAGUAACAUCAGCAACAACCUCCAAAGGGCAGGAGUGAAGAUAUCACAGAAAAAGACUUUGUGAAAAAAUGUACAGAAGACAGCAAAUGAAAAACACUAAUUAGUAAGACAGCAGGAAGUAGGAAGGCCAGGGUGGAAUUUUCCAAGUAAAUAGGAAAGCUUAUGGACUGAUUAUGGACUGAUAAGACAAAGAUUAACCUUUACUAAUGUGAUGUAAAGGAUCUGCUCAUGAUCUUAAACAUACCAGCUUAUCUGUGAAACACAGUGGAGGUAGUGUCAUGGCUUGAGCUUGCAGGGCUUAUUCUGGGAUGGGUUAAUUUAUCUUCAUUGAUGUUCAAUGAACUUUACAGAAGUUUACAGAAACAGUUUUGUCUGUCCCCUUCAAUGUACCGCAAAAUAAAAGCAUCAAAGAAGAAAAAAGUUUAUUAAUGUCAGUGGGUCACAGGCUGGAUGCAGUUCUUAAACACAAAGAAACAGCAAUACAAACAAUACAAAGCUUUAUUCAAUUUAAUUUACUUUACGUUUAUCCGUUCCAA